AUGGCUCGAAGAUAUGAUGCAAGAACUAUUAUUUUCUCGCCGGAAGGCCGGCUCUAUCAAGUUGAAUAUGCCAUGGAAGCCAUAUCUCACGCGGGCACUGCCCUGGGUAUCCUCGCGACUGAUGGAAUUGUGUUAGCCGCGGAAAAGAAGGUAACGUCCAAGUUACUCGAACAAUCGGCUACAAGUGAAAAACUAUAUCUGUUGAAUGACAACGUCAUUUGCGGUGUAGCAGGGAUCACCGCGGAUGCCAAUAUUCUUAUAUCCUAUGCUCGUCAGUCUGCUCAGCAAUAUCUGUUCACUUAUAACGAGGACAUUCCCGUUGAACAGCUGGUGCAGAGGUUAUGCGACUUUAAACAAGGAUAUACUCAGUUCGGUGGUUUGCGUCCCUUUGGCGUCUCAUUCAUCUACGCCGGUUAUGACAGUCAUUAUGGUCUCCAACUCUAUCACUCUGAUCCAUCCGGUAAUUAUGGCGGAUGGAAAGCGACAUGCAUUGGAGCUAAUAACGCGACAGCUCAAUCAUUGUUAAAGCAGGAUUAUAGAGACGACAUCACUCUCAAGGAUGCAAAGGAGCUGGUGGCAAAAGUGUUGAGCAAAACAAUGGAUUCCACUACAUUGAGCAGUGAAAAAUUGGAAUUUGCGACCAUCAGCCUCAAUGAUGAAGGGAAAGUUGUCUAUCAUCUUUACAAGCCAGAUGAAAUUGAUGCUCUAUUGAAAGAAUAUAACUUGGGAUUUCUUUGA